CAAAGCCCAUUAGUACAUUUCGAAAUUGAAUUUGCGGUCACGCUGCAUUGAGUGUGAUUAUCUAAACAUUUAUUUUUUUUAAGUAAAAAUGAAUGUAAAUGCGAGAUUUCUGACAAACAGAAUAGCUCAACAAUGUGCAUACAAGCGUAUUGUCACAUUUUCUACUAAGCCGACAGAGCAGUCGGCGGCAGCAGCUGUGCCCCAACAACAACAACAGCAGCAGCAUGAUGCAGUUGCGCCGCCAGUUCGAAAGCCAAUUGUGCCGGCACAUUACCGAUUCGUUUACCCUGAGUUUUUACCCGAUCCCAAAGUCGAAUGGCGAAAUUCAAUUCGUGAGAAACUCGAACGUUUGGAUAUGUUAAAUCGCCGUCGUCAAAUCGAACUUCCCGAAUUCUAUGUGGGUUCCAUUCUGGCCGUGACUAGUUCGGAUCCCCAUGCUGCCGGUAAGACGAGUCGUUUCGUGGGCAUUUGUAUUCAUAGAGAGCGCUGCGGAUUGCGUGCACGUUUUAUAUUGCGCAACGUUAUCGAUCACCAGGGGAUUGAAAUUGUUUAUGAGCUGUACGAUCCAACCAUACAGAAAGUUGAGGUAUUGCGUCUAGAGAAGCGUUUGGACGAUAGUCUCUUUUAUCUUCGCGAUGCAUUACCCGAGUUUAGCACUUUCGAUGAGCAUAUGGAGGCAGAAACUCUGGAAGAGGGAACGCCAGUGCCUAUUAAUGAACUGAAGGUUGUGUUGCGUCCACGUCCCUGGCUAGAGCGCUGGGAACGUCAAAACUUGCGUGGAGUGGCCAAUAUUGAUCAAUAUCUGAAGGAUAAGCAUCGCAAGUCGUCAGAGAAGGUACAAAAGCCUUGGGAGAAGUACGAUCUGAUGAAGCAAUACCGUGCCACUAUUCCCGAGGAGGAGCAAAAGGAGAUAUUUGCUGAGGUUCAUACAGAACUUCACACAUUGGAACUGCAACGCAAGCGUAACAAGCGGAAACGCACCUUUGUCAAACCUAAGCAUCUGGCUUAAAUAUUGAUAAGCUAUGGCAUUUGUUAUCCCUAUUUGUACUAUAAUAAAAAACGAUUCUUCUGUGAA